AUGGAAUUACUCCCUGAGGGCAAAAAAAACACUGUUCAAGUGACGUUGGAGGAUCAACAGAAGAUCAAUGAGUUUUCAAAAUUGAUUAUGAGAAAGGAUGUCUGUGAAGCAGACUUGUCACAACAGAGACAAGAGAAAGAAUAUUUAGAGGAUGUAUCGUUGGAGAUUGAGUUGAUUGAUGAGGAUGAGAAAGUUCAAUAUAAGAUUGGUGAAUUGUUUGUAUUUUUAAAACAAUCUGAAGUUGUUGAACAAUUGGAAAAAGACGGUGAAGUAAUUGAUGAAAAGAUUGAAAAGUUAGAAUCAAGAGAAACUGAAAUUAAUGAAAGAUUAGCUACAUUGAAAGGUGAAUUAUAUGCAAAAUUCGGUGAUAACAUUAACCUAGAGAGGUAA